AUGUACAGUGAAGUAUCUGGUUGCAUAUCAUUCAUUUCUUUUUCCACCACUUUGCUUUCAGGUGUUGUCUUUCACUAUCGGGCUAAAACCAGCAGAUAUACACUGGACUAUGAUAAAGCUGUUAAAACCUGUCAAGAUGUUGGAGCAACCAUUGCAACCUACGACCAGCUGAAAGCUGCCUACGAAGAUGGAUUUGAUCAGUGUGAUGCUGGCUGGAUCGCUGACCAGACAGUGAGGUACCCCAUCAUAAAGCCAAGGCAAGGUUGCUAUGGCAACCUCAAAACCAAACCUGGCAUUAGGUCAUAUGGAACCAGGAAGCCCACGGAGACCUAUGAUGUCUACUGCUACGUAGAUAAACUUGAAGGUGAAGUGUUCUUUGCUCCUGUGGGUAAUAAGAUGACCCUGGAUGAGGCCAGCGAAGAGUGCAAAAAGAGGAAUUCUGUUUUGGCUUCCCCUGGUCAGCUCCACGCAGCCUGGAGGAUGCACCUAGACAAAUGUGACUACGGCUGGCUCUCUGACGGCAGUGUACGACAUCCUGUUGCUUUACCCAGAAUGCAGUGUGGAGGAGGUCUGCUUGGUGUCAGAACCAUGUAUAAGUACAGAAACCAGACAGGUUUCCCAGAACCAACUAAUACGCAUGGAGCUUACUGUUUUAAAGGUAAAACCUAAUUUAAGGGCCUUGUAUAUUUGAAGAAGUUUUG